UUGAUCUUGAAAUAAUCAUCAGUUUGACUUAAAUAAAUCAAACUGUAAUAACUAACUUAAAACCAUGAAUAGUUUUAUCAUAUUUUUCUAUUUUGUGGCCAUUAUCAUAGCUCUGGUAUCUGGCACCGACUACUGUUCCAGCACACUUUGCGGUAAAGGUGAUAAACAUAUUGCCUGUGACAAUGAUGGAAAAUUUGCUGAUUCCUGCUCUGAUGCUAAAAUGGUAACGCUCACCGAUUCAUUAAAACAAGUAUUAGUUGAUGCCCACAAUGCUAAACGUAACUUUAUUGCCGGUGGCGGUGAUCCCAAUCACGAUCCUGCUUGUCGCAUGGCCACCAUGCAAUGGGAUGAUGAAUUGGCUGCCAUAGCUGCAUACAAUGUUAAACAGUGUAAAAUGCAACAUGAUAAAUGUCGCAAUACUGAUGCCUUCAAAUAUUCUGGUCAAAAUCUUGUCUGGGUUAGCUAUUACGAUUAUCCCAAUGAUGCUGAGAGAUUAAAACUAUACGUUGAUAUCUGGUUUUCAGAAGUAAAGAACAGUAAUCGUACAAUCAUGGCGUCGUAUCCUAUAGGUUAUAAGGGACCUAUGAUUGGUCACUUUACUGUUAUGAUGGCUGAUCGUAAUAUUCGUCUGGGUUGUGCUGCUUCUACUUAUGCUGUAACUGGUGUGUCUUAUAAGGUUUACUUACUUGCCUGUAACUAUGCUACCACCAAUGUUUUGGGAUUCCCUAUCUAUGUUAGUAGCAAGAAACCUGGUGAAUGUUGCGCUACUGGUCACAAUCCCAAAUAUCCCAAUUUAUGUUCCGUUUCAGAGGAGUAUUCCGUUAAUAAAUUUUACUAGUAAAUACAAGAUAAUUAUAUGUAUAUAUAUAUACUGAAAUGGAUUUUACAAAAUUUGUAAAUUCCAAAAAAUAAAUAAUAUUCUGCAAUAAUA